AUGGAUGCACAGUUUGCUUUCUUGGAUAUCAAGAUUGGAACCAACCCCAUAGGACGCAUUGUCAUCGAGCUCUUAUGGGACAAAGCUCCAAAAACAUGCAAAAACUUCCAGGAACUAUGCUCAAAUGGUUUUGAGAUCAACAACGAACGGUUUACCUACGAGAACAACUGCUUCCACCGGAUUGUAAAAACUUUCAUGAUUCAGGCGGGAGACGUCGUGUAUGGUAAGGAUGGUCAAAAUUGUACGAAAUCCGCUGAAAUAGGAAAAGGUGGAUGCUCCAUCUAUGCUCAGGAAGAUGAAUUCCGUUCAACAGAGUCGCCAGAUGGUAUAAGAUGCUACGGGAAUUUCGCAGAUGAAAAUCUCGGAGAGUUCCCCGAUUCAUUCAUCGUUGCCAUGGCCAAUAUGGGAACAGAAAAUUCAAAUAGCUCGCAGUUCUUUAUCACAACGCAGAGCGCGCCACACUUGAACGAAAAGCACAGCAUAUUUGGUAAAGUUUUGCACGGAAAAUCUGUUGUGCGCACUGUAGAACGUUCCAAAGUGGACUCUGAUGGAUUUCCCGAAGAGCCAGUUUUUAUCGAAAAUUGUGGACAAUGGCAGAAGUCUAUGGGUAUUCCACUUUUCAAUGCAUCCAAUGAUCCGAUCGGUGGUGACAUCUAUGAAGAGUUUCCGGAAGAUGACCUGAAUUUUGAUCAAGAAUCAGCGGAACAAGCUUUUAAAGCUUCUGAAAUUAUGAAAAACUCGGGCUCUCUCUUGUUCAAACAGAGAAAUUUCAAGGAUGCACUCUUCAAGUACAAAAAGUCUUUGCGUUACGUUAACGAAUUCGUUCCUGAGCCAGAUGUCAGUCAAGAAUAUAACAUUAAAUUCACUGAUUUGAAGGCUAAACUUUAUCUUAACAUUUCGUUGGUUUAUCUCCAGCUCCAGCAGUUUGAAGAUUCUCUUACAUAUACGACUUUUCUGUUGGAAAUGCCCGGGUCCUCUCAACUCGACAAAGCCAAGGCUUAUUACAGACGUGGAAACUGCCAUUUUGCCAAGAAAAGGUUCGACAAAGCCCUGGCCGAUUACACGUCCUGUAAAGAACUCAACCCCGAUGACGAGGCUGUGGACAAAAAAAUUACCGAUUGCCAAGCCAAUUUGGACCGUAUCAAGGAAAAUACCAAAAGAAGUCUCGCAAAGUUUUUCGGCUAA